CAGGCGGGGGAGGAAAAGAAACUUGCAGGCAACUCGAUCCAAUUAAUAAAUGCUUAAUUGAAUUAGUGUCACCUCUGUCAGCCAAUAGCAAAGUCCCCUAGCCGUGGGGCUGCGAAGCCCCUCCCUGGCAGCACGCAUAUAAGCAGCCAACGACAGCUUGUAAGUUUCCAAGCAGUCAAGUAGCCCUAGGGUUUAGCACCGCAGAGCCAACAGAGAGAAGCGGGCUGGUUGUUUAAUAGGAACUCAGAGCUGAGUCCUCUUCCUUGGUGUGAGUGUAGGGGUCCUGGAAGCUAGACAAGGAAAGACGGAAGGAAAGGGAAACGCUGCUUGCUCAGUUUCCAUCACCCACCUACAAGCCGGGGUUUGUUCCCUUGCAGAAAGGACGCUGGAUUCGGGGCGCGCGCUGAAGCCGCCCCGCAGGUCCCCAGGUGGGUAGCCCGGGCGAGGGAGGAAGGGGACGUUACCUUCCCCUCGGAAGAGGGCGCUGGCUCCCCCAGCCGGCCUUUAUAACCAGGCCGCGGGAGGCGAGGAGGCAGCCGGCUGCCGUCUGCGAAUCGCAAAAGCAUGCAGUUAGGAGAGCAGCUCCUGGUGAGCUCCGUGAACCUGCCUGGCGCGCACUUCUACUCGCUGGAGAGUGCGCGAGGUGGCGGAGGAGGCGGAGGAGGGGGAGGUGGCGGGAGCGUCAGCCUCCUCCCCGGUGCUGCUCCCUCGCCCCAGAGACUGGAUUUAGACAAAGCGUCCAAGAAGUUUCCGGGCAAUCUCCCGUGCCAGGCGGGGAGUGCAGAACCCACAGGCGCCGGCACGGGGGCCCCCGCGGCCAUGCUCAGUGACGCAGACGCCGGGGACACCUUUGGCAGCACCUCGGUGGUGGUCAAGCCCGGUCCCCCGGACGGCCGCAAGGGCUCCCCGUGCGCCGAGGAGGAGCUGCCCUCCGCCGCCAGCGCGGCCGCCAGCGCGCGCUACUCCAUGGACAGCCUGAGCUCCGAGCGCUACUACCUCCCGUCGCCGGGACCGCAGGGCUCCGAGCUCGCCGCGCCCUGCUCGCUCUUCCAGUACCAGGCGGCGGCCGGAGCAGCC